UGUUUUUCAGACCCUGUCUGUUCUGACAACUUCACUGUUGCUGGUUCAUCAAAAACCAGUAUUACAGUCAUGUGGGAUUCAGGUAUAGACAGAGGGCAUCACAUGAUCACUAUUUUGCAGUAUCGUGUGGAUGAGUCAUCUGAUUGGAUGUCAGCUUACAAUACAACAGAACAUUUCAACCAGAAAGUUAAUGUUUCCAUUCCUGAUUUAAAGCUGGGAACAUCUUAUCAUCUUAGAUUAUUGACUUUGGAAGGAAAUGGAAGCAGGUUGAUUUGUGAAAGUAAUCUUCUGACUGAAAAAACCAAGCCUGACGAGCAAAUAUAUGUGUCCUUGGAAGAUUCAAACAGUAUGAGAAUUGAUGUAAAACCAGACAAAAAUGAAAUGGGCACAUCAAAAUGGACAACCACAAAUACAGAUGGAAACAUUGAUAUAGUUGCCUUCAAUGGAAAAGUCAGAUCAAAGUUUCGAAGAAACGUCUAUCUUGAAAAUGAGACUAGCAUCCGUAUAUCAAAUCUAAGUUUUGAGGAAUGGAAUAGUUAUUGGACUUUUCAAAAGGGAACUGGUUUUCCUGUAGUAACCAAAAAACUUGCAGAAUAUGUUGACCCUGUCUGUUCUGACAACUUCACUGUUGCUGGUUCAUCAAAAACCAGUAUUACAGUCAUGUGGGAUUCAGGUAUAGACAGAGGGCAUCACAUGAUCACUAUUUUGCAGUAUCGUGUGGAUGAGUCAUCUGAUUGGAUGUCAGCUUACAAUACAACAGAACAUUUCAACCAGAAAGUUAAUGUUUCCAUUCCUGAUUUAAAGCUGGGAACAUCUUAUCAUCUUAGAUUAUUGACUUUGGAAGGAAAUGGAAGCAGGUUGAUUUGUGAAAGUAAUCUUCUGACUGAAAAAACCAAGCCUGACGAGCAAACAAGGAAGAAGUCUUACGAUAUAAAGUUGAUAGUAGUAGCUGUGGUUGGUUCCCUUAUUCUUUUCUUUGGAAUGCUGAUCUUUUGUGGAUAUCAAAGACUUCACAAGAAGGAUGGUAAAAAGAAGACAGUAUCGCAAAAAGAUAACAUUGAAUUAAAAGAUGUGCAAAAGCAGAAUGAACCAAUAACAAAAGUUUGAUAUUGAGAUCCUUUAAUGACUUAACUCUAUUACUGUAUUUAGUAACUUAUUUUUAUGGAUGUUUGUUGACAUAUGAUUCAAUAAUGUGCUUACAUCACAUAUAUACAAGUGUUAUGGAUCAGGAAUCAUAACAGAUAUCAGCAUAACGCUGAAAUAAGAUUAUAAAACACAUUUUUAACAGGAAGAGUUAGUCUUUUAUUUGCUCACCUGGCCUAAAAGACCAUGUGAGCUAUUGACAUCAUUGACUUUUGUCAUCAUAACUUUUUCAAAGAUCUUAUCUGAAACUAUACUGAACCAAAUUCAACCAAACUUGGAAUGAAUGAUCUUUAUGGUAUCUUGUAUGAACUUUUUAUUUAACCGCAAAUUUUUUGUGGUCGUAUAAUGUUAUGACUUUGUCAGUGUUGAUGGCGUUGUGGUCAUCUUCUGAAGACAUUUGGUUUCCAGACAAUAGCUUUAGUAUGAGUCUAUGGAUCUCUAUGAAAUUGUAUUUGACCAUAAUAAGUAAAUGUUUAAUUUCCUAAGUUUUAGUUCUAAGAGCACAUUUAUUUUGUGUUAGAAACCUAUGCUGUGUCAAAUAUUCAAUGACAAUCCAAAUUCAGAGCUUUAUCAAGUUUGAAUGUUGUGUCAAUACAUGCCCCAACUGUUCAGGGUUUGACCUCUGAGGUCAUAUCAAACUGAACCCUGCAGAUUAUUUUAUUGCUAAUAUUGGUUUAUAUCUCAAUAACUAAAGCACUUUAAUAUAGCAUAAUGACAUGGGUUAGAUAUAAUCAGCCGGUGAAGAUCCAUGCAUAUUAAAGUAGAAAAUUUUCUGACUUCAUUAAGGGAGACAUAGGGAUAGUGAUCCUGCAGCAUUGGCGGCAGUUACUAAUUACUUAAAAGCUUAAUAUUUCAGAAGGGAGAAGUACUUGAUGCUUCAUACCUUCUAUAUAGAUGCCUUCUGUUAUGAAGUUUCUAUGUGUCAUAUGUCCAUUGUCCUUGACCUAAAUGUUUGUAUCAGUGACUACUUGAAAUGAAUUUCAUGAUCAAGUCCAUACUUCAGAUACUGUAAGCAAUAAGUCUACUAUAUUUGAUGUCUAAUGAUUAAUAGGUCCAACUGGCAGUUGUCAUCUGACCUUGCCCUCAUUUUCAAGGUUUAGUUUUUCUAGUUUAGUCUAUUUCUCAGAUAUUGUAAGCAAAAGGUCAAUUCUAUUUGGUGUAUGGAAUGAUUAUAGGGUACUGUUCAUGUCUGUAUGGCAGGGUUCAUAUGACCUUGAUCUCAUUUUUAAGGUUCAUUGGUCAAUGUUAAGAUUUUGUUGUUUGAUCUGUUUCUCUCUAUUAGCGAUAGAACUUCUGUAUUUGGUGUAUGGAAUGGUUGUCAGGUGCACAUGUCUGUCUGGCACAGUUUAUUUGACCUCAGUUUCAUAGAACAUUGAUAAGAUUAAUUUUAUGUGAUACUUGUAGUAAACCUUCACCAUGUUCACAUUACAGGAUUUCAACAUGAAAUUAAUGAUAAGUAAAAAAGGUGAGACAUUUCAACAUGUGCAUUUUUUUGAACAAUUUAAUAUUUUGAAAGAUUAUUUUUUAUUUGAUUUUUUAUUGAUUCUUUUAAAGUACAGUAUAUCGUUGCAUAAAAACUAAUAACAUAUUUGUUUAUACAUAAGAUGUACUGUUUGAUUGUUGUUAAAAACCAGGUUUAGAAAGAAAAAAACAAUAUACAUAAAUGCUGUAUUUAUUGCCUUAUUUAUUUUCACUGAUGGUUUUGGGAAGCAAAUCAUCAGUAUGCAGUAUUUAAUACAUACUUUCUUAAUUCUGUCAUCAUUUUAACUAUAUUAUGUCAAAUGUACAAUCUCACUGAUUUAUAGACAGGCAAAUCAUGCUUUCCUGGCAAUGCUGUUUAUUUGUCUUCAUACAGUUUUACAUUUUAGAUUAUACUUUAUAUUAAAUGGUUAAAUACUGUGUAAACGAAGUCAAAUACACUAUAAAGAAAUAGAAAAUAACUUGGAUGCUAACCUUCACCAUUUUUCAUCAUAAAAAUAAAGCAAGUAUUUUUUUUAAAGUCAUGGCUCUUCUUUGCUGUAAUUUCUUUCAAUUUUGUACAAGUACAUAAAUUCAUUGUGUUAGAAAUAUAUUUUAUGGUUGUUUCGUUAUUUUUGCUUUUUUUACUGUGGGCUUUCAAGCAAGUGAUAAAUUAAUUUGCUUUUGAUAUUUGAAUUUAUAAUUUGGAAAGAUUUAUUUACAUUUUGCUGUAAGUUUUAUUCCUGUAUAUUGUAAAUAGCUAUUGACCAUUAUUAUUAGAUUUUUCAUCCAUCAGCUUUUUGUAUCUCAUGCAAUUAAAAAAAAAUGACAAAAAAAAAUGAUUUCUCUAAA